AAUCUGCGGCGGCCUGGAAAACUGACGGGGGCGCAAGGCGCCGCUCUCUCUCGGGUCAGGCUCUCGGUUCUCGGCUCGGCUCCCGGCUCCCGGCUCCCGGCGCCCGGCGCCCGGUGCCCUGCGCGGAGCUGUUCCUCAAACAGCGCGCAGCCAAGGGCGGUGGGAUCCGCCCGCAGUCCGCAGCCCCACUGAGCCCGGAGGCCGCCGGGAUGGAGCCGCCGCUCCCGGUCGGAGCCCAGCCCCUUGCCGUAUCCACCAGAGGGAAGGGGGAGGGGAGGCCGCGCAGGGCGGGAGGGGCGGGGGUCGGCGGGACUGCGGAACGCGGCAGAGGGGUGGGUGGUCGGUCGGACUCAGAGGCAGAGCUGAGCCGAGGAGGGGGGCCGGCGCGGGAGGCGAUGCCUUGGGCACCCAGGAGGGCGGGCAGAGGGGCGGGAGCCUCCCUCCACCCCGCACCGCGCCACCCCUCCCCGGCCGCGCUUCUGGAGGAGACCCUUGACUGUCGCCCACAUACUGUUGAGGGUAUGGAGAUGAAGGGUGCUCUCCGGGAGCCCUGCUUCCUGACGCUAGCCCAAAGGAACGGGCAAUAUGAGUUAAUAAUCCAGUUGCGCGAGAAGGAACAGCAUGUUCAAGAUAUCAUUCCUAUAAAUAGCCACUUUAGAUGCGUUCAAGAAGCAGAAGAAACUCUUUUGAUUGAUAUAGCUUCAAACAGUGGCUGCAAAAUUCGGAUUCAGGGAGACUGGACCAGGGAGCGCCGCUUUGAAAUCCCUGAUGAGGAACAUUGUUUGAAGUUCCUCUCAGAGGUCCUUGCUGCUCAGGAAGCUCAGUCACAGCUUCUUGUUCCAGAGCCAAAGGACUCAUCUAGCUGGUACCAGAAAUUAGACACUAAGGACAAACCUUCUGCUUUUUCAGGGCUUCUUGGAUUUGAGGAUAAUUUUUCAUCUAUGAAUUUGGACAAGAAAAUUAAUUCACAAAAUCAUCCUAUAGGGAUUCAUCGGGAACCCCCACCUCCACCCCCUUCUGUGAAUAGAAUGCUUCCACGUGACAAAGAAGCUCCUAAUAAGGAACAGCCCAAAGUGACCAACACCAUGCGGAAGCUCUUUGUACCAAAUACCCAGUCUGGGCAGCGAGAAGGUCUCAUCAAACAUAUCCUGGCAAAGCGAGAGAAAGAAUAUGUCAAUAUUCAGAAUUUCAGAUUUUUUGUUGGAACGUGGAACGUGAAUGGCCAGUCUCCAGAUAGUGAGCUGGAACCUUGGCUGAACUGUGAUUCGAAUCCUCCUGAUAUCUACUGCAUUGGAUUCCAAGAGCUGGACUUGAGCACAGAAGCCUUUUUCUACUUUGAAUCUGUGAAGGAACAAGAGUGGUCCAUGGCUGUAGAGAGGGGUUUGCAUUCCAAAGCCAAGUAUAAGAAAGUUCAGCUAGUCCGCCUUGUUGGGAUGAUGCUCCUCAUAUUUGCCAGAAAGGACCAGUGGCAAUAUAUCCGUGAUGUUGCUACGGAAACAGUUGGAACUGGAAUCAUGGGGAAAAUGGGAAACAAAGGUGGGGUAGCUGUGAGAUUUGUAUUUCACAACACUACCUUUUGCAUUGUCAAUUCUCACCUGGCUGCCCAUGUGGAGGACUUUGAGAGAAGGAACCAAGAUUAUAAGGACAUCUGUGCACGAAUGAGUUUUGUGGUCCCAAAUCAGACACUCCCACAGCUGAACAUCAUGAAACAUGAUGUUGUCAUCUGGUUGGGAGAUUUGAACUAUAGGCUUUGCAUGCCUGAUGCCAAUGAAGUGAAGAGUCUUAUAAACAAGAAUGACCUUCAGAGACUCUUGAAGUUUGACCAGCUAAAUAUUCAGCGCACACAGAAAAAAGCUUUUGCUGACUUCACUGAAGGAGAAAUCAAGUUUAUCCCCACUUAUAAGUAUGACUCUAAAACAGACCGAUGGGAUUCCAGUGGGAAAUGUCGGGUUCCAGCCUGGUGUGACCGGAUUCUUUGGAGAGGAACAAAUGUUAAUCAGCUUCAUUACCGGAGUCAUAUGGAACUAAAAACCAGUGACCACAAGCCUGUUAGCGCCCUCUUCCAUAUUGGGGUGAAGGUUGUGGAUGAACGGAGGUAUCGGAAAGUGUUUGAAGAUAUUGUACGCAUCAUGGACAGAAUGGAAAAUGACUUCCUUCCUUCCUUGGAGCUCAGCAGGAGGGAGUUUGUGUUUGAGAAUGUGAAGUUUCGGCAACUACAAAAGGAGAAGUUCCAGAUCAGCAACAAUGGACAGGUUCCCUGCCAUUUUUCUUUCAUCCCUAAACUUAAUGACAGCCAGUACUGCAAACCAUGGCUUCGGGCUGAACCUUUUGAGGGCUACUUGGAGCCAAAUGAGACCGUGGACAUUUCCCUUGAUGUGUAUGUCAGCAAAGACUCUGUGACCAUCCUGAACUCAGGGGAAGAUAAGAUUGAAGAUAUUCUAGUCCUUCACCUGGAUCGAGGCAAAGAUUACUUCUUGACCAUUAGUGGAAAUUACCUCCCAAGUUGCUUUGGUACAUCCUUAGAGGCUUUGUGCCGAAUGAAAAGACCAAUCCGAGAAGUUCCUGUAACCAAACUCAUAGACUUGGAAGAAGACAGCUUCCUAGAAAAGGAGAAAUCCCUUCUGCAGAUGGUUCCCUUGGAUGAAGGUGCCAGUGAAAGACCCCUUCAGGUCCCCAAGGAGAUCUGGCUUCUGGUAGAUCACUUGUUCAAAUAUGCCUGCCACCAGGAGGAUCUGUUCCAAACCCCUGGAAUGCAGGAGGAGUUACAGCAGAUCAUUGAUUGUCUGGAUACUAGCAUUCCCGAGACAAUCCCUGGCAGUAAUCACUCUGUGGCUGAAGCACUGCUCAUUUUCCUGGAGGCCCUGCCAGAACCCGUCAUCUGUUAUGAGCUGUAUCAGCGAUGCCUUGACUCUGCUCAGGAUCCCCAGAACUGUCGACAGGUGAUUUCCCAGCUUCCGAGAUGCCAUAGAAAUGUUUUCCAUUACUUGAUGGCAUUCCUUCGAGAACUCUUAAAAUUCUCUAAAUACAACAAUGUCAGCGAAAACAUGAUCGCUACUCUCUUCACUAGUCUUCUCCUAAGGCCUCCACCCAACCUCAUGGCAAGACAGACUCCAAGUGACCGUCAACGUGCUAUCCAGUUCCUUCUGGGGUUUCUUGAGAGCGAUGAAGACUAAUAAGCCUUUACCUCUUACUACUCUCCAAGGUUCUAGAGGCGGAAGGUCUCGGGCACUAAGUAUUUCAGAAUGGUUUGAAAAGUCAUGCCACAGGAAGGGGCAGUUGCAGAAUUUUGAGGCUGUUGGCAUGAAAAAGUUGUUUCUAGUGCAAAAGGAAAAGAGUUUCCUAAUCCCUCCCUUACCAUAUCCUGCACAGCAAAAUACUUUUAGACUCACAUUGCCAAGCCAAAGGUACCAUAUUUUGGUGUUUUUGUGUUCUCUCUUUAUAAGGCAAGAGAUCUAUAUCUACACUCCUUUAUCUGGGAAGUGUUUGUUGCCCUCCUGCCAGCUAUCAUGAUUGUCCUUAGCACCCUAGGCCUAGAUUCUGAGAUGUUCCCAUUCUAGGUCUGCAAGCACUAUGUGCUCUAGCUCAGACUAGUCUGUAGUCCUUCGUCUAAAGCACUUUUGCCCGGCCCCCUCCCAUAUCACCUCUUUGCACUCCACUCCACUAGUACUAUUAUGUCGAAGGAAGUCUGGGUAAAGCUAGUGACUCCUCGGGUGUCCCCAACAGUGAGUUAACUGUCUACAUGUGGUUGUGACAUGCAUUUGUGCAUUUCUACUACAGUGGCAUCUGUAUGUCUCUGUAACAUUGUCCUUGUCAUGGAUCAACACUAGGUGGAACCGUAUUCUCUUGUCUCCAACCACAUUGAGUAGCAGAACUUUAGGGACUGUCAGAGAUGCCAUCCCAUUGAUGUGAGAGAAUCACGAUCAGAGUGGAAGCACUUUGAGCGUUUCAAGAGUGAGAAUAUUCAUGUUUGACAGGUCCUGCUUUCUACCAUCCCUUUUCUGUUUUUAUUCAAAUUGUACAUGAGAACUCAUCCUGGUUGUCUGUGGGACCUGUUUCCCACUUACACAUCCAUCUCCAGAGCAAUGCUUGCAUCAAAGUCAAAAAGGCAGUCUGCAUCUCAGGUGGGCCUCUCCAGCGAUACUGCUCCUUCCUUCAGCAAGGCUGUUGUGGAUAACCCUUAGAACCCCCUCUCUGGUCUUCUGAAAUACCAGGGGGUAGAUGUUGCCCCCUCUCCCGUCAAGGCUGGUUCUGGGCUCUAUGACCAGCUCCCCAUGGUUUCUAGUCACCUUAUCCAGUGUUAUGUAAAAGAGACUAUGCAGUGGGACCAAUGAAGCCCCUUUCUCUCCCACCCAAGACAACCCUCUGAGCAUUUCAUUCACUCAAGCUCUGUGGGGAGCAUUGUUGUUGUUUUUGUUGUUUUUUAAUUAUUCUGUGUUGGUUGGCAAACCAGCCACCAGCCACUAACUGCAAAACUACCUGAUGUAGUUGGCUUCUUCCUGGUUUUCUUUCAUUAACCACCCUGAGUUAACUCAUUCUUGGCUGUUAACAUUAAAUCCAAGGAGCCUAAUGUAUAGGCUUUGUGUCUGGUCUUGGGCAUUGACUCCUGACUCUUCUAGCACAUUGAAGGAGAGAGCCAGGGGAAACACCACUGCUGAAUGGUUCUUCAGUUCCCCCCAUCUCUUGUAAGUUGAGUUCUGUGGGGAAGAAAAGGUAUGUAUCCUGUGAUAUACUGGUUAAAGCCUUUCUUGAUAGGGAGUUAUGGAACUAGGAGUUAAGUUCUCUGUGCCAAACAGCUGCAGAUCUGAUAGAUCGGAGGCUAGGUAUUGAACUUAGUUAAUAGAAGAUUAUAGGCAGAAUGCUUUUGCCAUCUCCACUAGGCCAGAAGGUGAUCAUAGAGGCAGAUUAUUGAAUCUGGGGCAAGGUCGUUACACAAAGACAGGGAGAUGCCUGUCCUGGACACAUUGUCUAGUAUAUUGCCAACCUGGGACCUUUGGGUGAUCAAGGAUGUGGUUGGUGGGGGGUGUAGGCAGCAUCCUGUUUCCUCAUAAGACAGGCAGAUGCACCAAAUUUGUUUAGUGCCUCUACAUUUUUCCAGCUCUGGCCCUGGGAUGUACACUGCAUUAAGGGUUUGAGACAAUCUCUAGGUAGGGGAGACAGAAAUAGAGUAGACGGAAGAAAUCUGCCUCCCUACUGUGCCUACUCCAGCACGCCAACCUCUGAUUCCUAAGUAACUCUAAUGUGCUAUUUAUUUCAUAGCUCCUGAAGUAAGGAGUUCAGAUUCAACUGGUAGAGAAGGACUCCACAUCUAUUGUUUUAGGGAAGAAAUGGCUCGAACCUAUAUGGUGACAUUGCAUUAGUAUCCCUUUCACUGUUUUCUGACUCUUAUUCUGUAAUUGUUAUAUUUCUCAAAAAUGUCUUGGUCACUAAGCAAAGCUGCUAGUGGGAUUCUGUAUUUUGUGUCAUCUUUUUUAUUAUAAUUUAUUGCAAAUGUUUUUCUGAAUAAAUAUAUGUUGUGUGAAAAAUCA